AUGGCAAACACAAACUACCAGUAUCCGUUGGACCCGUUCAACGGCAUGCAAGGAAAUCGGGGCCAGCACCUUGGAGGACAGCAACAGACCGCUGGCGUCCCAGGACAGUAUCUGGGUCCAUGGUCUACCUCUCCUGAACAGUUUCGCAAUCAGAACGCGGCCGUUGGCGCUCCCCAGGGUGCCGCCGCUGGGCACCAGACGCCACAGCAGCACCCGAUGAUGGCCCAGGGAAUGGGAAUGAUGCGAAAUCAAGAUAUCUCCGCUCAAAUGCUUCACGCGACGUCGCGGAUGCAGCCCAACGGGGCGAACCCGCCCAACAACUUUCAGCAACAGCAGGGGCAAAUGUCUUUUCCUCAAAAUUACGCCAAUGGUAUGAUGAACUCUGUACUCCCUGGUGCGAACACUGCCAUCAACCCGGGGGCCCAACAAAUGGGACGACCCAAUCUGUUCGCGCCGGCGCAAGUACCUCUGAAUCCAAACCUCGCUCGUCAACUCCAGAAUCUUGGUACAGGAGUUCCAAAUGCUCCAACGAUGCAGCGACCUUCCAUCUCUGGGCAAACCCAAGCCCACCCGCUCCAGCAUUGGGCACAAACUGUCCAAUCAACCGAAGAACGCAUUCCACAAAUCAAUCGCACUGUUUUAGAGGCCAUAGGAACCAAAAAUGUUGCCGUCAUGCGCCAAUUCCGCCAAGCACUCCCAGAGCAGAAGAAGAGGACGGAGGAGGAUCGUAAUAACAUGGCGCAGACGACUACCAUGUUGGCACAGAGUGGCAAUUUCCCCCCGGAUCGCGUCGCGCAAAUCUAUCGAUUUCGGGAUGAGCUCGCGAACAGGAUGCAAUCAGUUUGCAACCACUAUGAGCAGCUAAUCGCAAAGCUGGACGAUGAGCUGCAGAAGUUGAUUCAACAACAAAAGGAUCAGCAGCAACAACAGCAACAACAGUCACAUGCCUUGAGCCAGGCCCAAGCACAAGCGCGUCUCCAACAACAGCAACCUGGACGACCACCGUCUGCGAUGCAUCCCACUGCAGGUAAUAACAUGAUAGGGAUUCCCUAUCCAACAGACGGUCGAGGUUCAUCCAUGGGCAUGCAUGCACAACCUCCCCUACAGCAAGGGCAGGUGCCACAAUGGAAUGGACAAGCUGCAACCAACCCUGGUCAGCUAGCGACGGGUAACAAUGGGCCCUUAGGUCCCGGGCCCACCGCUCAGUUUGGUACCCAACCAGGCUUCCAACACAACCCUGGGGUUGGAACAGGCGCUAAUCCUGGCAAUGCUCAACAACAGCAACCAACGCCCCGCCUAAACCCAGCUGUCCCUCAGGCAUCUGCUAACCCAGACCCUGACGUCAAAAACAGCUUCUAUCGCUUUUUGGCCAGCCAAAAUAUUGAUCAGAACCCGGUGUAUAACGGAAGGGCCAUCGACCUCUGGACGUUAUAUCAUAGAAGCAUGGCUUUCGACAAACACGCGCCUCCGGGUCAUCCACUGAAAUUCAGAAUGAUCGGUGCGGAACUAGGAUUCCCGAGUGAAAAUUCGCAAACAGAUGCCAUGACUGCCAAGGUGUUGCAGGACUGGUAUUUCCGCAUAGCGCAGGCUUUGAACACUAUGAAGAGGGAGAACCCACUCAACCGCCCUGCCGAAGGCCCUCCACCGUUCGGCGGCGGCGCCGAUGGUGCUCAUAACCUGAAUAUCCUCCAACGUGCCAAGGCACAACAUCCGACUACCGACUUUAGUAGCAUUACUGACGUUAUGAUCAACAACCUUCCGAAGGAGCGCUUUUUACAGCGUCUUCAAAUGCUUCUCACGGGGAAUAGCAACGGACCACUUGUGAUGCCUACUGGUGGCAUGGCUUCCACCCAACCAUCUAUUCUCCCAAAUCACCGUACUCAGACGCCGAACAACAAUGAACAGGUGGUGGCCUAUCUCGUCAGUCACGCUCAAGACGCCAGGGAUCGCCAGGAGUACUACAAGAAAGUUUGGGCAACCAAUUUCCCAAUGAUGGUCAUGAAUCCCGUCGAACAACCGGAAAAUAUGGAUCGGUGGAAGAAUACGCUCUCGCAGACGCUGACUGCCGUGAGGAUGCUUAUUCCAAGCCUGGGUGCUUUCGAUAUCAUGGCUCAAGCAGCUGGAGAGCAGCCAUCCGGCAAAGAAGCCAGAGAUAUCCUCGCUGCGUCCAUGAGGGCUGUCAAGCAAAUGUCGGUAUGGCAAAGCCAGAUGCCUCAAGUUGGGGGAAGAGCCAUUUGCUUGCGUCAACACGAGCUUGAGCAGAUGCUCGGAUUCCUGCAACCGCUUGCGGAGAGGCAUAAGCAACGCUUAUUAAUGAUAACCAAUCCACCAGCCGAACUUCAUUCGAUGGUUCGUCCGACAGAUGUGGAUCUCAAAACGCUCGGUGGAUUCCUCACCGCCAUGCUUCCGUCCCAAACACCUCAACCGCCCCCGCCGCAAUUCUCUUCUCAAGCCCCAAAUCGGACCCCGACUCCAAGCUCGAUGCCAAUGCAAACCCCGGGUCCCACACACCUCGCACCAACGCCCCCACAAAUGGGUGCGAAUAUCCGAGCGCAAAGGAGAUAUGCGUUCUCAGAAGCAGGUGCAGGACCAUCUUCUUCGCCAAAUCAUCCCACACCGUCUGCAGUCCCCACACCAGCUGCGCCAACUCCUCCAGCUGCGGCCAGUCCUCCGAAACAGCAAAAGACCACUCGCAAUAAACCACAGCCAAACCCCAGGAGACGAACCUCAAAGGCAACACCCGGUACGCCUACGCCUGUUCCCGAACCUGCAUCCACGCCGACUCCGGCUGCUGCGACAACACCUGCAAGCAGCACGCUCAAACGAUCUCAUGACGAUGCCGAAACACCUGCAUCGCAUCCAGAAGUUCAGCCUAAUAAACGUGUCAAAGUCGAGCCCGCUGCGACCCCUGCACCGAUACCUCCGCCAACUCCCGCAACGCCGCCCUCUCAACUCAGCGCACCCAUCGAUCGUGCAAGUAUUCAAAACCCAGAACAGGCGCUAAGCAUCCUCACGGACGCCUCGAAGCGAGCUGAAGUCAAGGACGAAGGCUCUGCUCAAGGGCAGAGUCAAGAGGAAUUCCUUCAAUGGUUGACGCAGGUAUUAUCGGGGACUCCAUCAUCUACCUCGGUUACACCAGCUCCUCAAGCUCCAGCAGAGGACCCGACGAGUCAUUCAGUCCCGACGACCGAAGCCGAGGCUCCUGGCGAGUUCAGUUUCUUCGAUUGGGGAGGCUACUACUCGGGGCACGAUACACCUGCCAUUCCGGACCUCGACAAACAUGAAACUGUUAGCCCAGAGUCGCACAAUGACAUGCUAACCAAGACUCCACCGUCCCAAAGCAACGGUACAGGAAAGCCAGGCGUGGUGCUCGACCAAGGAUCCUCGAAAACCAAAGCGGAAACCUCUCACGCAGGAUCCUCCCCAAUACCAUUUGCAGAUGCGACUUACGUCUCGUCGCCUGGCUUUCCCUACGACGGCAAAGUGGAGCCUUGGGAGGAUCCAUGGGCGAUAGCGUGA